AACAUAAUGGACGGAACGAAAAAGCUUCACAUAGCGAUGUUCCCAUGGCUAGCUUAUGGUCAUACAAUGCCAUUUCUCGAGGUUUCCAAAUUCUUAGUCCAAAAGGGUCAUCGAAUAUCCUAUAUAUCCACCCCUAAAAACAUCGGUCGCCUCCCUAAACUCCCCCCACAUCUCUCCUCUAACAUAAGUUUCGUCCAGUUUUCUCUUCCCCAUGUUCAUGGCUUACCUCCAGAAGCUGAGUCGACAUCCGAGGUACCAAUCGACAAAGUUCCUUACCUUAAGAAAGCGUAUGACAAGCUCCAAGUCCCUUUAACCGAGUUUCUCAAGGAUUCAAACGUCAACUGGAUAAUCCAUGACUUUGAGCCUUACUGGUUACCUGGAAUUACAGCUCCACUCGGCAUCAACUCGGUUUUGUUAUGCUUAUUCAAUGCCAGUGCGAUGGUUUUCCUGGGUCCACCAUCAGCUUUGCUCGGUGGUGGUCGAAAACGGCCGGAAGACUUCACAGUCGUCCCCGAGUGGGUAGAUUAUCCUUGCAACGUAGCUUUGAAGCGCUAUGAGAUAGUGAACCACCAACAAUGCAUGGACGAUGUAUCUGAUUUCCAACGGGUGGGACUCUUGGUUCAAGGUUCCCAAUUUGUAACUUUGCGCGCCUGCUUCGAGUUCGAACCAGACGAGAUUAAAUUGCUCAUUAAGCUUUACCAGAAACCUGUCGUUCCAGUAGGGUUGUUGCCUCCAUCGCUGCCAUCGAAUGACGAUGAAGGAGACGAUAAAUGGGAAGCUGUGAAAAGUUGGCUUGAUACCAAAAGAGACAAGUCAGUUUUCUAUAUCGCCCUUGGUAGUGAAGUGAAUCUAAGUGAAGAGUCCAUGCACCAGUUGGCCUUUGGGAUAGAGAAAUCCAACUUACCGUUCAUUUGGGUCGUAAGGAAACGCCCGAUGGCCGAAGCCCAGAUGGAUGAUAAUCACCUGCAGGACAUAAUCCCUCCAGGGUUCGAGGAACGAGUGUCUAACAAGGGCUUGGUGUUGUGGGGUUGGGCGCCCCAGUUACGGAUAUUAGCUCACUCUUCCGUCGGGGGUUUCUUAACUCACUGUAGUUGGAGUUCAAUAACCGAGGGACUCAAGUUCGGGCGGGCUCUGAUAGCGUUUUCUGGGGCAAGUGCGGAUCAGGGGAUGAACGCUCGGUUGUUGCAUGGGAGGAAAGUUGGGAUAGAAAUAGAGAGGAAUGAGUUGGACGGUUCAUUUACAAGCGACUCAGUGGCUGCGACUAUCAGACGGGUGAUGGUCGAGCCAGAAGGUGAGAUGAUCAGGGCAAAUGCGUGGGCAAUGAGAGAGAUAUUUGGCAAUGAAAAGUUAAGUAAUAAUUACUUGGAUGGAUUCACUCGGUUCAUUGAAGAGUUUGAACCUUCGCCUACCAAACGCCGGGUUUGAUCAAGUUAUAUCGAA